AUGGCCAUCGACAUGAACAACACAAACAACAAGCCGAUAUGGCCGCAGCUUGCAAGAACAACAGAGACGUCACAUCACAUACACAGUGGGAUAGCAAGCGGAUGUCGUUUGGGCCUUAAGCCCACCCCUGAGGAACGCCUCUUGAUAAUUCGCAACUACCGUUGGACCCCAACAACCGAUUAA